AUGCGCCGAUCUCGGAAACAAGGCAAUCGCCUGGCACCAUUCUGGACCAUCGCCUUGGUUGCCCUCGUCCUGGGUGCCCACCAUGGCGCUUCAACAGAGACCGUCCUCCUGUGGGACAGCCGCGACGACAGUGUGGGUGGUGGCGCCAGCUUUUUUCUGUCGAACGCCAAGGACGACCCCAUCGGCUGCCAGCCUCAGCUUGACACCUUCACCUCUUACAACGACUCCCCCGCUUUGCCCCCGACCGAACCUUGCGGUAUGCUGGCCCCCGCCCUUCUUGACCCCGUCCCCUACUUUGACGAUCCAGCAAACUUUCUCUUCUUUGCUGGCCGCUCUCGUGAAAGCAACAAGCGCUCGGUGACCCUCCCUCCCGAUCUUGCCGCCGGCGUCGUAUCCCUCGACAUCAUCCUGCGCAUGGAUAGCACCAACUGGAUGAGCCUCGGUGGUUCGUGUGAUCAAAACAUUCGAGCCCUCCUCACCGUUGGUCGUGAUUCCCUCCGCGACAAACAAGCCGGCCUCGUGGUGUCGGGUGAUGGCGCCUGCUGGGACAAAAUCGCAAGCUCCGGUUUUGGCUCCGACGUGGCCCUCGCCGUUAGCACCCGCCCCCUCGCCGCCCCCAACACCACGGAAAUGGCUUUGACCCUGCACUGGGCCCUCGAUCUAACCGACCUCUCAACCCUCGACUUUCGCAUCGGCGGCUCCGUCACACUUGCGGAAAACAGCUCCAUCGCCAUGGGCAACCUUCGCUUGUACGGCUGCUUCAACGCCGACAAAGUGUGUGUGUGUGUGUGUGUGUGUGUGUGUGUGUGUGUGUGCAACUAUGAAGCCAUGCCCUGCGACGGUCCUGCCUUUGCAACCCACGACACGAUCGGCCCCGGUUCCGCCGCGAGCCCCCACGUUGUGGUGCACGGCGACAUGGGUCGGCAGGAAGCCGAGUCUUUGCUGGUGCAAGAGUCGGCUUUGCUUUGCACAAAGUGUGGUCGCGUAAGGUCUUGUGACAUUGACGGCAAUGAGCUGAUUGUGACCUACACAGCGAGCCUUUGA